AUACUGUGAAAUUAAACAUUUAAACUAAUUCAAAAUGGCUUUUAAUUAUUGGUGUACUUCACGGAAAAAUUAUCUUAAAAGGUGACUGAUUUAUCAAAUAUUCAAGACGUACGGAACUAAAGUCAGCUGGAAUGGAAGGCGACAUUGCUAGUAUACCAAACACAAACGCUUCAGUGUUCUACAAUCUGUCUAGGAAGCGUCUAAAUAUGACAGAUGGUGCCUCAUACGGAGAUGAAAUGUAUGAUAUACCUGAUGGACCUCGUCUAUUGCACUUUACAUCUCUUUUCCCACUGAAAUACAGCGUUCCAAUUAACGGAUAUAUAGCACCAGUACUGGUUCUUCUAACAGUUGUAACCAACACGUUAGUAAUAGCAGUCCUUCUGAAGAAGCAUAUGAGGUCGCCAACAAACGUCCUUCUCGCAGGAAUGGCAUUUAGCGAUAUGAUGACCGGUGUUAUACCAUUACCUAUAUUUAUAUAUUUCUUUUCAAUGGGUCACUACAAGGAAUUUGUCCCAUUCGGAUGGUGCUUACCGUACAAGAUGUUAUACGAAAAUAUUCCAACCAUAUUUCACACGGCAUCUAUCUGGCUUACUGUUGGACUUGCGGCCCAGCGAUAUAUUUACAUUUGCCAUUCGCUGCAAGCAAGAACUUGGUGCACGAUUCCGAACGUGCUCCGAGCAACUGUUAUAGUUUACGUUAUAGCGUUUAUUUCACAGCUCACAAGGUUUAUCGACUUUUAUACUAUUCCCAUGCCUGCUCCUUGUUUUAGCUCGCCUAACAAAACUGUCAUAGGAUGUUCCUAUAUUCCUCGGACGUGGGCUAUGAAUCACAUGGAUAUGUAUCAAAAUAUAUAUUUCUGGUUUAGAAUCAUAUUUAUCCACCUUGUGCCAUGCAUAUCGCUGGUGGUCCUGAACGGCUUGUUGAUAUCUGCAAUGAGAAAGGCCCAAAUACGGCGCAUGCAGCUUUUGAAACAGAACAAAAAGAGUGAGUCGCGGAAAUUAAAGGAGAGCAACUGCACAACACUGAUGCUUGUCGCAGUUGUCGGACUUUUCUUGCUAGUUGAGUUCCCGCUGGGUAUCAUCAUGACGUUAUACGUCACUGAUAACACAUUCGCGCUAGAACUAUUCUCGGAACAUGUUUACAGUAUCAUGACAUCUAUGUCGAACUUUUUUAUUCUGUUAAGCUAUCCUCUGAAUUUUUUCAUAUACUGCGGGAUGAGUCGCCAGUUUAGAGAAACAUUUAAAAGACUUUUUAAGGGCGGUCCGAUGCCUGUUGACAAGGAGUGUUCACAGUACAUGACUCUUCCUACCGAAAAUGGAAAAACUGUUUUCACUGGACCGGAGACAGCCUUAUAAAGGACUGACGUCCACUGAGAUUAGCCGAAAACUUUACCAUACAUAAUCAAAACUGCUUUACGCAGUUACACGAAAGAAAUCGGCGAGACAAAAAAGAUGAAUUUUUCCAUAGGAUACAUUAAAUGUCAGAACGGUGAACAGAAAUCUGUGUAAAUACCUCUUUUCUUUGAAGUCCCAUUACCACUGAGAUAACAUUGUUACGCGAAAGCUGAAUUGAAAAAAAUAUGUAAGAAUUUUUCUAACUUGAAUGAUAGACAAAUGCUAGACACAACAUCGAUGUUAAAUUUUAUUUGUUAAUACACAUCUGGCGUAAUAAAAGUGUUGUUACAAUAUGUAUGAGCUUAUUUAUAAUAAUUUCAAAUAGUGUUCACGGCAAAAAAAUGAUUUGAAUAAUGAAAAGGAGAAAAAAAUCGUUAAUUCGUCUCUUACAAAAUGUGUUGUCUGUCGGUCUGCAGAUUUCAUUAAUCAUUUACAUCUUUUGAGUGCAAAAAGGAAAUUAAAAGAAAUUGAAGUACAUAAUGUGCUAACAGUUACAAGGGUUUUGUCGCUACUUGGCUUUAUGACUUUAACAUCCACGUAAAGGUAAAGUGCCGCGUCAUGAUAAUCAAAACUAUUGGUUAAGUAAUUAACGUACUAUUAUGAUUGAUCAAAUUGACUGAAUAUCGAGAGUAUUUGAUUGACAUGUGAUAGAAAAAUGUGUGAUAAAUCGGAAAACGGUUAUAUUUAUUUCUACUACUACAAGUACCACACAACGUCAGGACUUUUCAACCGUUAAUGUUAUUGUUUUAAACAAAAAUGUAAAAAUAUAUAUUAUAUAUAUAUAACUCAUGUUUACUUCAUUUGUUUUGUUUUCAUGAUUAUUAUGUAUACAUUUAUAUACUUAGCUUAUUUUAGCAAAUGAUGAACAUUUAGUAUGCGAGAUUUUUGUGUGAAUGAUGCAUGCGUGAAAUUAAAUCAUCACAUAGAUGUUUGUAAUAUUUUAACUUUUUAUUUAUUAAAGUCAGAUUUAUUUGUAAGAUAAUAUUGUUAAUUAUUUUCGUGUAAACAGAGUUUGACAAUAAAUGUUUUCUUGUAUUUUAUUUACGUAAAGUCUGAUUGUCUAACGCUAACCUAGAAAAUCUAUGGGAGCAAUAAUGUUUAUAACUUAUCAGCACUGCGGGAAACAAAACAACACUCGUUUGAUAUCUAAAAUAGUUUAUAAACAAGAAAUGCCUAUUUGCAUUAAAUUUAUUAUUUCCUAUCUUGUUCAUUUUGUAAGACAUGUUUUAUACUGUAUAAUAUUUCAAUACAUUUAACAUCGAUAUUAAUCAAAACAUUAGACGGUGACGACGUUUUCAUAAGGAAACAAUUGUUUACGAUUCUGUUUUUCGGACAUACAAUAAGAUAUAUACAUGUCUUUUGAAUAAAAAACCCAGAGACAUCAGUUUAUAAAAAAUGGUAAGCAAAACUUAUUCUCAAAAUAAAAUUAGAAUGAUAAUCUUCAUUGACUUCUAGUAAUUCAAACAGAAUACUCCUAAAUUUCCAGACAAUAUUGUGUUUUACAAAACAAACACAAAAAUUUACAAAUACAAAUAUUAACAAUAAUGAUACUGUGAGUUACAUGAUUUAAUGUUGUACAGCCCAUACAUGUCAGGUCUAACAUUUAACAGACCAAAAUCUGACUCGGUGCUUUCAAUUAAACAGUGCGUAGUAAUUGUGUUUAUAGUUUUCUGUAAAUAAGAUUACUUCUUUUUGUACAAAAACGCUUUCUCUUUGAACACGUUUUCUCAAUUAAAUUACGUUGAGUUCUAUUGAAGUUUUUCCUUGAGUAAUUCCGUUGGAAGCUCUGACAACUGCUAGAUGAAUUCCUAAAAAUUAGUUUGUUUCAAUUGGCCUGUUCCUGUAAUGACAAAUUAGGGAACACAAUAUUAACAUUAUAUUCUGACUUAUACAGAUCAAAAUGGAAUUUAUCAUAUUCAGACAAAUACAAAGAACGGACUUAGAUACAUUUGACCUAUCGCAGUCAUAAAUACCAGACUAGUACAUGUAUACACAUGUCCAAAAGAAGUGUAAAACCGUUGUUAAUUUGAAAGCGUUUCUGUAUAUACUUAAUCUGGUUCAAAUGUUUAUUAAAUGUAACGUGCUGUCUUUUAAGACAUGUUUCCGAAAAUAGGUAUGCUUUUUUUCUCUAUUGUGUCAGUCACGUAGCUGUUAUUUUAUCUUUUUGUAAAGUUUGCUUUUGUGGUAUCGUUAUAUUGUAAGAUCUACAAAUUUACUGGUAUUUGAUAGUGAUUUGAUAUUUAAGCGGUGACAUAAGUUUAACUACAAAGUAAAAAUAUAUUAAACAUGAUACAGUCAGUUCUUUUAGAAGAAAUGUUUAUAGAUCCGUUGUGGAAAAAACCUCAAUUGUUUUGUUCAUCAUUGUUUGUAUUUUAUUUUCCAUUCACAGAUAAUUGUGUUCAUUUGUUCUGCUUUUUCACCAUUUCCUAUACCGUACGUACAUUGUAAUUUGUAAUACACAAAUGUUAAAUGUACGUCGUAGAAUGUAUGACAACAAAAUUUUUAGAAUUGUUUUGCAAGCAGCUGUGUGAUAAAGUUUAGUUUUGAUUCUUUUGUUUCCUGCUUUUGUUGCUAUGGGCUAUAUUUUGCUUACUCAAGUUUCAUUUAAAUCUACGAAAUAUUUAGUAUUUUUAAUCUUUAAAUUAUUAAAUUAUCUUUGCUUUUGGAUUUGGUUUCCAAAACUGACUUUAUAUUUAUUAACUUUAUUUUCAUUUAGCCUAUUUACUGUACCUGUUAGAAAUUCAUUUUGAUU